AUGACUAUGGACUCUUCGGUAAUAAUAAAUUUUACAACACACUUAGUCAAAAGUCAUGAUGCAAUUAUUUUUGAUUGCAACGCUAAAGAGCUUCAGAGCAUUGCUGGUGCGUUGAUGGCACAAAAUCAAUUUGUGUACCCAGUACAACUGAAUAGCUCGUUUAAUUUACGAUUCAUUUUGACAAGACACAACUAUGCUCACUCUUCAAUAGUAAUAAACACGAGCUGUAAAGAAUCGAGCAUUCUACUUGAAAAAGCUACAAGAGAUCGGUAUUUCAAUAAGACAUAUCAGUGGUUGGUAUGGGGCGUAAAUCAGAGAAUAGAUAAUUUAUUUCCCCCUGAAAUAAAUUACAUUGGCCCCAACGCCCAAGUUACUUUUGUAAACGAGAGUAACGGUGUAUAUAUGUUGUGGGACAUACAUUCAAAAGGACGUCAUCUUAAAUCUAAAUUGGAGAUUCGUUUGAUUGCAAAAAUUGAUAGGAACAGCGAGCAGUUGCAGCAAAUUCGAAAUAUUUUUGAGCUGCAAAGCAUAAGGAAUCGAGACCAAUUUAAUGGAUUGACUUUACGAGGAGCUAGUGUUAUUGAUCAAGAAAAUAUAACGACGAACGAGCAAAUAACUGCCAUACUUUCUAGACCAUCAAAAGAUUCGGGCGUGGCCGCGUUUAUUAAAUAUCACUACGAAUUGUUAGGUCUAUUGCAGGAACGUUUUAACUUCAGUGUUCGUUUUCGUAACUCAAGAGGAUGGGCUGGAAGAUUGGGAAACACGACCUUUCGUUUGGGACUUUUGGGAAUAAUCAUGCGAAAUGAAGCUGAUGUUGCUGCAUCCGGGUCUUUUAAUCGCAUCAAUCGGUUCGCUGAAUUUGACACGAUACAUCAAAGUUGGAAAUUCGAAACCGCAUUUUUAUACCGCUUUACUCCUGAUUUAAAUACUGAUGGUAAAAGUGGAAAUUUCUUAGCACCUUUUAGAAAAGAGGUGUGGUAUAUUGGACUGGGAACGCUAAUUGUUGUGGUCAUCAUGUGGUUUCUUAUAAAGGUUAUUAAAAGUAGAAGCCUUAAAAUGGACUCGCAAAAUUUGUUCUUCGAAAAUGAAAAUGAGCCGAGCGUUUCAAAAUACAUAUCACCACAUAAUUAUUCAGAACUAAUACUCCAGACACUUGGGGCCGUUUGUCAACAAGGAAUGGAUCCGAUGUAUAAUAAUUUGCCAUCGCGAUGCAUUGUAUUAACCAUAUUUUUAUUUUCUUUGGUCAUGUAUAACUAUUACACUUCGUCUGUAGUUGGAGGAUUGCUUAGUUCGUCCGGACAAGGUCCCGCCUCAGUCGAUGAAAUUACUCUUAGUACACUAAAGAUUUCGUUUGAAGAUAUAGGUUACUAUAAAGUUUUAUUUCGUGAGAGUAAAAAUCCCAUAGUAACUCGGUUAAUAAGCAGGAAGUUAUCUGCAUCGAGAGGUCCUCAAGAGGUACCAAUUUAUAGUCACAUAGAUGAAGCAGUACCUUAUCUGAAAAAGGGUGGUUUCGCUUUUCACUGCGAGGUUGUGGACGCAUAUCCCAAAAUCGCUAACCUGUUUGAUGCAAAUGAAAUUUGUGAUUUACGCCAAGUAUCGGGCCUAAUGGAAGUGGAAAUCAUGAACUGGAUUGUUCAUAAAAAUAGUCAAUAUACAGAAAUUUUCAAAAUUGCAAUGUGUACAGCUCGAGAAGCUGGCCUGGUUCAGAGAAUCCUGCGACAAAGACAAAUUAAAAAGCCCGUUUGCCAGUCCUUAUACACUGUCUAUCCUGUUAGCUUGUCAGGAGUUAUGAGUGCGUUCGUAAUUUUAAUUGGUAAUUUUCUAGAAUAG